AUGUUACGUCUGGGGCCGCAAGACUUCUUGAAACAGCGGCAGUGUAAAGGCUUUAGGAUGGUGGACGGGAUCAUCAAGUUCCACUUCACGCUCUUCCGCCCUGGCCUCGGAAGGUGCACGAAGUUGCUGGUCCAUCUUCAUGUACGUGAGAGGGCACCACCGAAGUUCUUCAAACCACGUCCUAUACCUUUUGCCACAAGACAGGCAGUAGAGACCGAUUUACAACGUCAGGUGAAGAGUGGAGUGUUGCAACCGGUGGAGGUAUCAGAUUGGGCGACACCAAUCGUGGUCGUGCCCAAACCAAACGGGGCCGUCCGUGUCUGCGGAGACUUUAGUGUCACGGUUAACCCGCAGCUGGCCAUUGCACAAUAUCCCAUUCCAAGGCCGGAAGAGCUCCUGGCGGUUCUCAACGGCGGUGAGAAAUUCACGAAGCUCGAUCUCUCAGAGGCACACCUUCAAAUGGAACUCGACGAAGAAGCAAAAAAAAAAAAAAUGCUGGUUAUAAAUACGCACAAGGGUCUCUUCCAAUUCAAUCGUAUGCCCUUCGGGAUAGCCUCGGCACCUGCUGUUUUCCAGCGCACGAUGGAGCAAGUUAUCUCAGGACUGCCGUCUGUGGCUUGCUAUCUCGACGACAUUAUUGUCACGGGCCGUAACGACGAAGAACAUCUCAGCAAUCUGUCUAAGGUCCUAGCAAGACUGCAAGAAUUCGGAUUCACUCUGAAGCGGGAGAAAUGUGCUUUCCUGCAAACCCAAGUGGAGUAUCUCGGUCACAUCGUAGAUGCCGACGGAUUUCGGCCCUCUCCGAAGAAGGUGUCAGCGAUCCUUAACUUGCCACCGCCCAAUCAAGUAUCAGAACUACGUUCUUUCUUAGGCAUGGUUCAGCACUAUGGCAAAUACUUGGAAGGUCUGGCGGAUGUGUGUUCACCUUUAAAUGAUUUACUCAAGAAGGGAGCGUCGUGGUGUUGGACUUCUGCGUGCGUCGAAGCCUUUGAGAGCAUCAAGAGCAUGCUAGCUUCAGCGAAGUUUCGACAUCCAGUCAAGGGAUCGUCUAAAAUUGCGAACACAGACGGUCUCUCCCGGCUUCCGGAAGGACCGGACCAUGAAUUUGACAAAGCUGCAGAAGAGUGUGUUUUUAGCGUUGGAACGGACGAAAUUUUUGCGGUCCAAGAUUACCACAUGUCAACCCUUCCGGUGACGGCUAAGGACAUUGCCGCUGCCACUCUUGAGGAGCCCAUGCUAACAUAG